AUGAUAUACUUAACAGAUUUCUGUGGGCUUGACUCUACGGUUGCUGCUGCAAUUGUAAAUGUGUGUACGGGUGUAGAGACCAUAAUGCCUAUUGGCAUGGCGUUCCUUGUAGAUGUUUUCACGGGUCACCAUCGCAUGUUCGGGAUUAUGUUCUUGGCCGUAUUGUCAGCACGAUCUCCUGGAUGUGAUCAUAAAGACGAUCCAGAUUGCAAGAUUGGUUAUAUCCCAAUCGUUGUGUUCUGUAUAUCAUCACUCUUCACAGCCAUUGGGGUAUCUGGUCAUGAGGCAUCCUUGAGUUCUGUCCAAGAGCAAGAAAAGUCAAUCCAAACAGAGAGGGAUCAAGUCAUUUUUGCAAGUUCUGUGAGACCUACAGUUCCUCGCUACAAAGCCUACAUUGUCCGCUUCACUCAGAGAAAUUACUCGAGAUUUGCAGGCCCCUGGAUUACGUUUUUUACCAUCGUCCUGAUUUUGCCAGUUAUGCCAUUGCCUACCCAAUAUCUGAUAGCAGCAAUAGGGAUGCAAGUGGCAAGUGGUCUGUUCAUGGGGUUCUCACGCUUAUAUAAAUAUGCUAAACCACAGGGGAGUCCUCUCACAACUAUUUCUAGAGUCUUUGUAGCCUCUAUUUCCAAGAUGUUGUGUACCCUCCCACCGGAUGAUCAACUCCAUAAUAAAAAUCCACGUAGUUCUCACUAUGUGCCUCACACCCAGGGCCUCAGGUGGCUUGACAGGGCUGUCAUUGUAGUCCCAACCCAACCCGUAGAGCAACAAGAACAAAAUAGAUGGGGACUUUGCAGUGUAACAGAAGUAGAGGAAGCAAAAAUCUUUAUACGCAUGAUACCUUUGUGGUUGACGUUUAUCAUGUGUGGGCUCGUGUCAUCGAAAAUUUCAGAAUGCAUGUUCGCAAAAGUCACUAAGAAGUUAAUUAAAAAGGGAUCAAGAAAAUAUGCAGCCGCAAUUGGAAACAUAGCAGCAACGAUAAUUUCUAUACUUUGUUGUAUCACGGCUGCUAAAGUGGAGACCAGGAGGCUGGAGGUGAUCAAAAGCCAUGGGUUAAUUGACAAACCUGAUGAGCAAAUCCCAAUGAGCAUGUUCUGGCUUCUUCCACAGUUUCUCCUUCUUGGUGCCCUCGAUGGAAUCUCUCAUAACCUUCUUAGUGAUUUCAGCAUUGCUUGUUUCUUCAACGGUGAAGUUCCUGACUCCAUAAGCUCCUACUUGCGAAUUUUCAGCAAUAGCGUAUUUGGAAUUGGAAUUUGGGGUGGGGUCCUUUCAGUUUACAUAGUGGGUAAGGUCAAACCAAGUUGGUUUCGGAACACACCGAACGGAAGUCGUUUGGAUAACUACUAUUGGACACUGACAAUUUUCAGUUGCAUAAAUCUUAUCUACUCCAUCUUGGUGGCAUUUUGGUACCGCUAUCGACACUCGGCAAUUGAAAAGAUUGGAACGCCAGGGUCUCAAUUAUCUGCCCGCACUGAAAAUGAUGAUAUGCAAUGCGAUGUUGCUGUUGUUGUGGUAUAG